AUGGUUGAUAUAAAAGGAAAACUGGCCAAAUUGGACGAGGUUUUGCCUAACAUUCUGCUUGAUAAGGUAGGUUUUUCUUUUUUAAUUUUUACUGUUUCCUACAGUAGAAGUAAGGGGUGAAGACUAACUUUUGUAUGAUGAAUUGCUUGGGGAUGUAAAAAGAGCAGUUUGUCAUAAAAACGUUUCGUUAAGAUUUUUGCCAUACAGGAGGUUUACUGUACCUUUAUUUGUCCUAGCUUUUCUCUUUUUUGUAACAGCCUAUUUGUAAGUUUAUCAAAGCCUUACCCCUUCUCUGCCUUACCCAAACCCACAUCUUUGUUUUUCGGUUCCUUAUACUGGUUAAUAUUUUACCUUGCUAUAGCCUUUUCUUACUAGGGAAUGUCACCAAAUAUCAGUAGUCUUACCUAAGUCCUACUCAAGUCGUACCAAGCCCUACUUUAACUGUAUUACUCAUACUUUAUUGCAAGCAUAUUCUACCAACAAAUUGAUUUUAUUUCUAGUCUUGUUUUGCCAUUUUUACCCUUUUUUGUACUUGCCAAAUUUUCAUCUUAUGGUAGUUUUGCCCUUUCUCUACCCUGGCUAUACUGGAGCCGUAUCUAAGCCUUACCUUCUUCUUUUGUCUUGUAGUUUCAAUUUAUUAUACCUCUUAUCGUCGUCUACCUUUACUCUUAUUUUACCCACUAAAGGUUUUAGUAUCAUCAUGCUAAGCUUUACCACAUUUUUUCAAAACCACUUUACGAUAUGUCUUAGCUAGCUAUAGUAACGGCCUGCUUAACAAUAAGAGCUAAACGUGCGUUUAUUUUACUGCGGGUCUAAAACGUUCAUUUUACCUUGACAAACGUAACUAUUAUACCUCUAUUUAUUAUACAAUGCAAUAACUUACAUACUAAAAAAGCCUGUACUCCCGUCAUAACACCCUCACCGUCGUACCGUAACAGCACGGUGCACAAAGACUGUUUUUGCAAACCGCAAAUGCUCGCAAUUAGACCAACAUGACGUAGAUUUCACUGUAGAGUAAGAAUUAGGUUGAAUUAUGCAUGGCAAGAACGGAAAGCGGUUGUUUAUACGACCAGUCUUCCUUAUUCAGGUGGGUUCCGAGAAGGCUUUCAUCUGUUUGGGAAUUAAUUGCAUUUGCACGAAGCUUCCAAUACACAGAGAUCGUCUUGUUGGGACGUACCUGCACGUACGUUUGGAUUGUAUUUACAAAUGCUUGUAUGCAAUGAAUGCUUAAAGUACAUGAUACAAAACUAGGUAAAGUAUACUUACCCUACCCCACCCUACCCUACCCUACCCUACCCUACCCUACCCUACCCUACCCUACCCUGCCCUACCCUACCCUACCCUACCCUACCCUACCCUACCCUACCCUACCCUACCCUACCCUACCCUACCCUACCCUACCCUACCCUCCCCUACCCUACCCUACCCUACCCUACCCUACCCUACCCUACCCUACCCUACCCUACCCUACCCUACCCUACCCUACCCUACCCUAUCCUACCCUACCCUACCCUACCCUACCCUCUUCCUUUGCCUUACCGUUACCCUACACUGCCUUACCCUACCUUAUAUUUCUUUACCCAAAAACAUGUUGUCUUACUGUAUGCCACCUUGCUCUAACCUACUCUAACCUACCUUAUCUUACCUUACUUAAACUUACUCAAUCUUAUUAUCUACCUUACCCUUUAUUGUAUAGAACCUAUUUACACAAUUUACAGUAUCACAAGAAGUCAAACAUUACUCCCACAGUUUUACAAAAUCUAUAGACAACAAACAUUAAGACUUAUCUAAUAUUUAUGGUAAAACAUGCGCAUAGUAUAUUAUAGUAACAGAUCAAAGUCUUAAUUUAGCAGUUUUUUGUAUUUUGAAAUUUUAAAACAAAAACCUUAAACAUUGUGUUUUGAAUUGAUACAUAAUUUAUAACGGCGCUUAAAAUACAUAAACAUAUAUACGUAUAUAGAUUAUGUAUAAAUUUAUAUGAAAAUCAAUUGAAAAUGCAAAAAUAUGCAAAGAAUUUAUAAAAAAAUGUGUAGGCUGAAGAAAUAAGUGACUUUUGUAAACAUAUUAGAAUAUAAAUUGAAAUGAUAAUACACAAAAUGUAAAUAACUCUAAGACAGAAAGAUAAAAACAGGCUAGUAUACAGGAAAUUACAAGAUGGCGGGUUCUUUAUGUGGGCAUCUAAUAUAAAUAUAAACCAUACCCUGAAAUCAUGCUUUAACCUAUCAUACUGUAACUUUAUUAUUUCUCUACAAUAGUUUUUACAGUAGCCAUAAUCUUACGUUAACUCUAGCCUAAAUAUAGUGCUUUCCCAGCCGUAUAAAAGCCCUGCCUUAACCUAGUCCUAUCUCAAUUCUACUCCACCCCUAUUUUAAACUUUAGUUCCUAUGUUAGCCUUAUUCUAGCACUGCCACGUUCAUAUCCUAAUCCUACCUCAGCAUUUGCAAGCUCUAUCUUAGCCUUCUUUGUUCUACGCUAACCUUAUCUUAACCAAAGAACUACUUUAAUUCUACUCUUUCAUAAAUAUAGCCGGACCUUAGCUUAGCAUUGGCGGUAUUCAAUUGCUGUUUUAGCUCUACCCUAGCCCUUUUCUAGCAAUGCCGUAGCCAUACACUAGCCUUGUUAUAGCCCUACCUUUACUUAGCACUACUUAUACCUGGCCCUACACUAGCCUUACCUUGGUUCUACUAUAGCCUUGCUAUAGACCCAUCUAAUUGUUACUUUAGCCACAUCUAUCCUUUGGUUUUUACGGCAAUAUGGCUUAAAACAAAACUUACCUUACUUUAACCUACCCUUUUUCAAAAAGCCUAAUAUUUACUAUAAUUUCACAGAAAUCCAGACCUAUCACAUUAGUUUAACAUUACUGUUCCAGAACGAUCAGCACGUAUUCCGCCAGUACUACGAACAAUUUUUGAGUGUCAACUCUUUAGUUGACUGGGACCAACUUACUCUUUUUGACAAAGAAAAAUAUCAAGUUGAGUAUGACAAUCUACCAGAGUUUGACAUAAAUCCAGCUCAAGAGAUUCUGAAGCGUGUAGCUGUUAUCAAAUUGAAUGGUGGCUUAGGAACCACCAUGGGAUGUUCUGGACCAAAAUCCUUGAUCAAAAUCAGAGAUGGCUUGACGUUUUUGGAAUUUGCUAUUCGACAAAAUGAGGUAAUUUCAAUUUUUUUAAAUUUUUUUAUUUUUUAUUUGAUUUAGGAAUCGAUAAAUUUUGUGACAUUUCGUCAUUUUCCAAUAAAAAAUGUGGCAUUUCAUUCUACAAAAAAAAUAUAAAAAUGUAAAAUACGCAUUAUAUUAAUAUAAAAUUUUAUUUUUUGUUAAAUUUUACAAUUUUUGCACAUCUUUUCAAAAUUCAAUAAUUUUUGUGGCAUUUCGUCAGCCAUCUAAAAGCAGUCUAUAAUCGGUACUCGCAAUAAAAAAAUUUUUAGAUCUUAAACAAGCAUUAUAACAGCACGGUACCUCUGAUUUUGAUGAAUUCAUAUAGAACAGAAGCAGAAACAAAAGUCUGGCUACAAGAACACAAGUUCGAAGACAAGGUGAAGAUGUUCAAUCAAUCCAGGUGCCCCAGAAUUUACGCUGACACUUUAUUGCCCGUUCCUAAUUCUCCUGGUGACAAAGAGGAUGAAGGGUGUGUUUAUUUAUCUUUUUUAGCAAAUUUUUUAAUGUUUAACGAAAUGUCAAAAAAUUAUUGGAAAAUUAGAUGAAAUGUCACAAAUUUAUUGAUUUUUAAGUUGUGCCAAAAAUGUCAUUUUCAAUGCAUUAGAGUAAUAUUUUUUAAUUUUUUUCGUUUUUGCAAAAAAUAUUUAAAUUUGACGAAAUUUCACAAAAUUUAUCGGUUUUUCUAUUCUUUGACAAGUUUUUAAAACAUAGUUUUAGAUGGUAUCCCCCCAGGUCAUGGCAACGUAUUUGCCGCUCUUAACAAUACUGGAUUGUCAGAUCAACUCCUAUCAGAAGGUCGUGAUAUUAUCUUUGUUUCUAAUAUUGACAACACGGCAGCUACUGUAGAUGUAAAAAUAGCUUCAGUAAUUGCAAGAGACGAUGUUGAGUAUGUUAUGGAGAAUACCAACAAAACUCAACAAGACAUCAAAGGUGGUACUUUGAUUCAAUACGAAGGUACAAUCAAGCACUUGGAGCUUCCUCACGUUCCUCAUCACAAGGUUGAUGAAUUUUGUUCUUUGAACACGUUUAAGUAAGUGUAAAGGGGUCGUUUUGGUGAAAACUAGAAGCUUAGGCUUUUUGAUACAUUUCUAAAGAUCAUGCAAAGCAUAAUUUGAUAAAGAAAGUACAGUAAAAUAACAUUUUAGGACGUUCAACACCAAUAACAUAUGGGUCGAUCUGAAAGCUGUCAAACGAAUGUUGGAAACCAUGAGACUUGAAGUCUUACCUAACAAAAAGGUAUGUUUUUAUAGCCGUUCCUUGCCUUGCCUUGCCUUGCCUUGCCUUGCCUUGCCUUGCCUUGCCUUGCCUUGCCUUGCCUUGCCUUGCCUUGCCUUGCCUUGCCUUGCCUUGGCUUGCCUUGCCUUGCCUUGCCUUGCCUUGCCUUGCCUUGCCUUGCCUUGCCUUGCCUUGCCUUAUCCUAUCUUACCGUACUCUAUACCUUACCCUGCUUUACCAAAACUUCCCGUAAAAAACCUUGUUCUACCCUACUCAAGCCUUGUUUUACCCUACCCUAACUUUCCUUUACCAUAUUCGACUUUAUCCUUUUUCAAAACAUUUAAACUUCAGAAGCUCUCAACCGGCGAAGCUGUAAUUCAGCUAGAAAGUGCGAUCGGCGGAGCCAUUCGCAACUUCGAGUUAGCCAAAGUCGUUCACGUCCCACGUCGUCGUUUUCUACCAGUCAAGAAAACUCAAGACUUGUUGGUAAUCAUGUCAAACGCUUUCAUCGUCGACAAGACUGGAGUACUGGUACUGAAUCCAAAGAGGACUAUCAAAACAGCACCUGUUGUUCACUUGAGUACCAAUUAUGAUGCGAUUUCAACAUUCUUUGACCAUUUUGAUGCCAUCCCUGAUUUGUUCGAAUGUGAAAGUUUGAAAGUUGAUGGAGAUGUUAGAUUUGGCAAGAAGAUUGUGGUUAAGGGCAAUGUUAAGGUCUUUGCCAAAGGAAAGGCCAAGAUAGAAGAUGACACAGUAUUGGAAGGAGAUAUUGAACUUUAA